AUGUGCUACGUCCUAUGUUCGGGAGAAGAAAGUCGAUUUGGUCGGAAGGUCCCGCUGACUCACGCCUCCCACCAGCAGCGACUCACUCUGGCCUUGUCCAACAUUGGAGGCUGCACCACGUUCUUUGCCUUCGGGCAUCCGAUGCUAGUUGGAACCGAGGCGCUGGAAGCUCGAAUUUGCGAGUUUUCUUUCAAAGGAGGGCUGCCUGACUCCGCCAGACUUUUUACGUCGAGACCUUGCGUUGAUUGUCUCUGCGUGGUUGGGCACUGGGCACUAGCCCCAUGGCCCAAGAACUGCCAAGCAAGUCCAAAGUAA